AUGUCUGAACCUCUCUACCCUGCCUACCUCCCCACCAGGUCCGACGGCUACGUCGCCCCUCUGGCCGUACCCUUGUUCGACGGCGACGAGCCGGGGCUCCGCGCAGAUCCCGCUAAGCCCUCUCUUCUGAAGGCCGGCGCUACUGUCACCGACAUUACCCCCCGCAUUGGCACUGAGAUCCGGGGUGUGCAGAUUAGCAAGCUUAGCAGCGAGGGUCUCGAUGAGAUUGCUCUCCUGGCGGCUGAGAGAGGUGUUGUUGUUUUUAGAGACCAAGAUUUUGCCGAUGUUGGGUUUGACCGACAGCGAGAGAUUGUGAAGCAUUAUGGCCCUCUUCAUCUGCAUCCCACCAUGGGAUAUCCCAAGGGCACCGGUCCCGAGUUUCACGUCGUCUAUGCCGACGAAAAGUCCGGCAACUUGAGAAGCCUCCUUGGUCCUCGCACAACCUACGACCUCUGGCACAUUGACCAGACCUUUACCCCCAACGUCCCCUCAACCACCUUCUUUUGGGUUUUGGAGAUUCCCAAGUCUGGCGGCGGUGACACUGCUUUUACCUCUCUCACACACGCCUACGAAGCUCUCUCGCCCGCCUUCAGGGAGACCCUUCUAGCCCUGAAACUCCAGCACACUUCCGCCUCUGAAGGCGAAGUCAGAAGAGUCGGCACCGAGCGUGCCCUCGCAGAAGCCAUCAACACGACUCACCCCCUCGUGAUCAAGCAUCCCGUAACCGGCAAGCCCGCACUCUUCGUCAAUCCCACCAUCGCCCGUCAGGUCGAGGGUUUCCUACCCGAGGAGUCACAGCACCUGUUGUCGUUCCUGCACAACCACAUCCGCAGUCUAGACUUUAGCUGCCGCGUAAAGUGGGAGAAGGGGACGGUUGUUAUCUGGGAUCAGAGGUCGGCGGGACACUCUGCUGUGCCGGAUUUCCAGGAUAGUGAGAGGAGGCAUAUGGUGAGGAUGAUUCCUUACGGAUCCAAGCCUGAGCCCGUGUCCAAGUAA